UCUACGCAUUGUCCGUUGUUUUGCCGGUUUGUGGUAUAUAGUCGUUCAAAAUGUUCAACUUUGUAGCCAUCAUCUGCGCAAUGAUUGUGACCGCCCACGCUGGACUGAUCCCAGACCAUGGCAUCGCAACUGUAGCUGUAGCUCACGGUGCCACCUCAUAUCAGAACCACAAUCAGAUCUCAGUCCAUCCUGUACCUGUAGCAGUAGCCCAUGCCCCAGUGGUUGCCCAUGCUCCUGUCAUCGCCCAUGCACCUGUAGCGAUCGCGCAUGCGCCUCUAGCUUUAGGACAUGGAUAUGGACUCCAUUGAGGAUUUGAAAGGGAUGCGCUUCACUACAAGAUGAGCAACGAGUUUAGCUUAGAUGUAUUUGUAAAUAAUUAUCUAUUUAUUUUCUUUGAAAAAAUAUUGAUUGAUUUGA